AUGGGGGCAGCAGCUGAGGUUGGGAUCUUCAACGGAUUUCUGGACAGCUUCGGGUCCGCGGGUGGCGCUCAUUUCCUUCUCACCCCGGCGGGCGCGGUGGAAUACAGCACGGUGAGCGGACUCGUGCAGCAACAGCAGCGGGAGCACCUGAUGUCGUCGGAACGCCUGUCCCGGAGUUUAGCGGACCUCAGCCACCUGAAGGGAAUUCUGAGGAGGCGACAACUCUACUGCAGGACAGGCUUCCACCUGGAGAUCCACCCCGAUGGGACCGUGCGGGGCACCAGGGCGGACCACAGCAGAUUCGGUAUUUUGGAGUUUAUCAGUCUGGCAGUGGGGCUCGUGAGCAUCAGAGGUGUGGACAGUGGCCUUUACCUCUCCAUGAACAGCAAAGGAGAACUGUAUGGAUCACAGAAGCUAUCAGCAGAAAGUGUUUUUCGGGAGCAAUUUGAAGAGAACUGGUACAAUACCUACUCAUCGAACAUCUACAGGCAUGGAGAAAAAGGAGCAUUUUACUUUGUGGCUCUGAACAAAGACGGUACGCCGCGGGAUGGAACAAGAUCGAGGCGACAUCAGAGGUUCACACACUUCCUACCAAGGCCUGUAGACCCAGACAGAGUACCAGAACUGUACAGGGAUAUACUUGGCCAGAGCUGA